AUGAUACAAUCAGUUAGUGCUUUGCAAGCAUCUACCCUUUCUUGUAUGGAAUGUGCGAAUACAUUACGAACCGAUGUUAAACAGGGAUUAUCAUCAACUGAAGUAGUUAGGCGACAAAAAUAUAAUGGUUAUAAUGAAUUUGAUAUACAAAAUCAUUAUCCUAUAUGGAGGAAGUAUCUGGAUCAGUUCAAUAAUCCGUUAAUCAUCUUAUUGCUUACAAGUGCUGCAAUAUCGUUAUUAAUGGGACGAGGUGAAGAUGCAGUAAGUAUUACAGUAGCGAUUGUUAUUGUUGUAACAGUAGGAUUUGUACAGGAAUAUCGAUCCGAGAAAACAUUGGAACAUCUUAAUAAACUUGUUCCACCAACAUGUCACACAAUACGUGGUGGACAUGAAAUGCAAUUUUUGGCACGAGAAUUGGUACCUGGUGAUAUUGUGUUGUUGAAUGUUGGUGAUCGAAUACCAGCUGAUUUACGAUUAUUUGAGGCGAUUGAUUUGCAAGUAGAUGAAUCCUCGUUUACUGGUGAAUUGGAACCAAGGCAUAAGUAUGUUAGAUCAUUAACAUCUCGUAGUGAAAGUUUUGAUCAUGUUGAUAAUGUUGUAUAUAUGGGUACAUUGGUCAGAGGUGGUCAUGGCAAGGGAAUUGUUAUUGGUACUGGAGCACAUACUCGUUUUGGUGAAGUCUUUAAAAUGAUGCAAGCGGAGGAAGCACCUAAAACACCACUACAAAAUAGUAUGGAUUAUUUAGGCAAGCAAUUAUCAUUAUAUUCAUUUGCAAUAAUAAUUAUCAUAUUUUUUAUUGGUUUAUUUCAAGGACGUAAUACAUUAGAUAUGUUCAGGAUUGCUGUAAGUUUGGCAGUAGCAGCAAUUCCAGAAGGUCUUCCCAUAGUAGUAGCAGUUACGCUUGCAAUUGGUGUAAUACGUAUGGCAUCUCGUCGAGCAGUGGUGAAGAAAUUACCAGCAGUUGAAGCUCUCGGAUGUGUUACGGUAAUAUGCUCCGAUAAAACGGGUACAUUGACAAAGAAUGAAAUGACUGCAGUUGUUGUCGUUUCUGCUGAUGGACAAGUAGCUGAUGUAUUAGGUGUUGGAUAUUCAUUAGAAGGUGGAUUAUGCAUAGUGGGUAGCGAACGUGUUGUUGGUUAUUCGCAUCCAUCAAUAAGUCGUGUAAUUGAAAUUGGUUGCAUUUGUAAUAAUGCAAUUAUAUCGGAUGGGAUAUUGAUUGGGCAACCAACAGAAGGUGCUCUUCUGGUCCUCGGAAUGAAGACGCAACUAAAUGAGCAAGUGAAAAAUUACAAGCUAAUCAAAGAAAUACCAUUCACAUCAGAAUCCAAGUUUAUGGCUGUGCAGUGUGAACAUUCUAACGGACGAACUGAGUUAUUUGUAAAAGGUGCUUUGGACCGUGUAUUGGAAAUGUGUACCGGAUAUUUGGAAGGCGAUACAAAUCCGAUCAAACUAACUGAUGCUGCAAAGGAACGUUUCAUGGAAACCAGUCGAUCUUUAGGUUCACGUGGUUUACGAGUAAUAGCUUUGGCUUAUGGUUACAAUGAACGAGAAUUAUGCUAUGCUGGAAUGGUAGGUAUUGUGGAUCCACUAAGGCCGGGUGUUGCAGAAAGCAUUGAAAUUGUCCAGUCAGCUGGUGUUAAAGUUAAAAUGGUUACCGGUGAUGCUCUGGAAACAGCCUGUAGCAUUGGUGCUCAUUUGAAACUGUUCACGGCUGGUGAUGUGUGUUUAUCUGGUUCUGAAAUGGAUCGAAUGACAGAUCUGGAUCUCGAACGAGUAAUCAAAUCAGUAACAAUAUUUUAUCGCUCAUCUCCGAAGCAUAAAUUACGAAUUGUCAAAGCAUUGCAAAAUAUGGGAGAGGUAGUGGCAAUGACGGGUGAUGGCGUAAAUGAUGUUGUUGCACUAAAGAAAGCCGAUAUUGGCAUUGCAAUGGGUUCCACUGGUACUGAUGUGUGCAAGGAAGCAGCCGAUAUGAUACUUACAGAUGAUGAUUUUUAUACGAUUCAAGCAGCCAUCGAAGAAGGGAAAGGCAUUUAUCAUAAUAUCACUAAUUUUGUGCGCUUUCAGUUAAGCACAAGUGUGGCAGCUUUAUCAUUGAUUGCAAUUUCAACAUUAUUUGAAUUUGAAAAUCCGUUGAAUGCCAUGCAGAUACUUUGGAUUAACAUCAUUAUGGAUGGACCACCAGCGCAAAGUCUUGGUGUUGAACCUGUUGAUAGGGAUAUAAUUCGUCAACCUCCGCGAGACGUACGGCAACCAAUGAUAAAUAAUGCUUUUAUAACUAAUAUUUUAAUAUCUGCAGCAAUUAUUAUUACCGGAACACUUUCUGUUUUUUAUAAAGAAAUGUCAGCAGAUAACAAAGUAACACCACGUGAUACAACAAUGACGUUUACAUGUUUCGUUUUAUUUGACAUGUGGAACGCGCUUGCUUGUCGUUCAAGUAGGAAAUUCAUAUGGGAAAUUGGUUUAUUGAGGUGA